AUGAGUUUCACCGCGCACUCCGUGUUCUUUACCCUGAAGGCCAGCGUCUUGCUGGGGUCCCUGCUGGGGCUCUGCCUGGGCCUAGAAUUCAUGGGCCUACCCAACCAGUGGGCCCGCUACCUCCGCUGGGAUGCUAGCACGCGCAGCGACCUGAGCUUCCAGUUCAAGACCAAUGUCUCCACGGGGCUGCUCCUCUACCUGGACGAUGGCGGUGUCUGCGACUUCCUCUGCCUCUCGCUGGUGGAUGGCCGAGUGCAGCUCCGCCUCAGCAUGGACUGCACUGAGACUGCUGUGCUGUCCGACAAGCAGGUGAAUGACAGCAGCUGGCACUUCCUCAUGGUGAGCCGCGAUCGCCUGAACACGCUGCUGGUGCUGGAUGGCGAGGGCCAGUCUGGGGAGCUGCAGCCCCAGCGGCCCUACAUGGAGGUGGUCAGUGACUUGUUCCUGGGCGGAGUCCCCGCAGACAUACGACCUUCUGCCCUGACCCUGGAGGGAGUACAGGCCAUGCCCGGCUUCAAGGGAUUAAUCCUGGAUCUCAAGUACGGCAACUCAGAGCCUCGGCUUCUGGGGAGCCAGGGUGUCCAGUUGGAUGCCGAGGGACCCUGCGGCGACCGUCCCUGUGAAAACGGUGGGAUCUGCUUUCUCCUGGAUGGCCAUCCCACCUGUGACUGUUCUACCACUGGCUAUGGUGGCAAGCUCUGCUCCGAAGAUGUCAGUCAAGGUCCAGGCCUCUCCCAUCUCAUGAUGAGUGAACAAGCUCGAGAGGAGAACGUGGCCACUUUCCGAGGUUCAGAGUACCUGUGCUACGACCUGUCUCAGAACCCAAUCCAGAGCAGCAGUGAUGAAAUCACCCUCUCCUUUAAGACCUGGCAGCGGAAUGGGCUCAUACUGCACACGGGAAAGUCAGCUGAUUAUGUCAACCUGGCUCUGAAGGAUGGUGCGGUCUCCUUGGUCAUUAACCUGGGGUCCGGGGCCUUUGAGGCCAUUGUGGAGCCAGUGAAUGGAAAAUUCAACGACAACGCCUGGCAUGAUGUCAAAGUGACACGCAACCUCCGGCAGGUGACAAUCUCUGUUGAUGGCAUCCUUACCACGACGGGCUACACUCAAGAGGACUACACCAUGCUGGGUUCGGAUGACUUCUUCUAUGUGGGAGGAAGCCCAAGUACCGCUGACUUGCCAGGCUCACCCGUCAGCAACAACUUCAUGGGCUGCCUUAAAGAGGUUGUUUAUAAGAAUAAUGACAUCCGUCUGGAGCUGUCUCGCCUGGCCCGGAUUGGGGAUACCAAGAUGAAAAUCUAUGGUGAAGUUGUAUUCAAGUGUGAGAAUGUGGCCACACUGGACCCCAUCAACUUUGAGACCCCAGAGGCUUAUAUAAGUUUGCCCAAAUGGAACACCAAACGCAUGGGUUCCAUCUCCUUUGACUUCCGCACCACUGAGCCAAAUGGCCUGAUCCUCUUCACUCAUGGCAAGCCCCAAGAGAGGAAGGAUGUUCGGAGCCAGAAGAACACCAAAGUGGACUUCUUUGCAGUGGAGCUCCUUGAUGGAAAUCUGUACCUGCUGCUGGACAUGGGCUCUGGCACCAUUAAAGUGAAAGCCACUCAGAAGAAAGCCAACGAUGGGGAAUGGUACCAUGUGGACAUUCAGCGAGAUGGCAGAUCAGGUACCAUAUCAGUGAACAGCAGGCGUACGCCUUUCACCGCCAGUGGGGAGAGUGAGAUCCUGGACCUGGAAGGGGACAUGUACCUGGGCGGGCUGCCGGAGAACCGCGCUGGCCUCAUCCUCCCCACCGAGCUCUGGACCGCCAUGCUCAACUACGGCUACGUGGGCUGCAUCCGUGACCUGUUCAUAGACGGGCGCAGCAAGAACAUCCGGCAGCUGGCGGAGAUGCAGAAUGCCGCGGGCGUCAAGUCCUCCUGUUCACGGAUGAGCGCUAAGCAGUGUGACAGCUACCCCUGUAAGAACAAUGCUGUGUGCAAGGACGGCUGGAACCGCUUCAUCUGCGACUGUACAGGCACCGGCUACUGGGGAAGAACCUGCGAAAGGGAGGCUUCCAUCUUGAGCUAUGAUGGCAGCAUGUACAUGAAGAUCAUCAUGCCCAUGGUCAUGCACACUGAGGCCGAGGAUGUGUCCUUCCGCUUCAUGUCCCAGCGCGCUUAUGGUCUGCUGGUGGCCACUACUUCCAGGGACUCCGCCGACACCCUGCGUUUGGAGCUGGAUGGGGGACGCGUCAAGCUCAUGGUUAACUUAGACUGUAUCAGGAUAAACUGUAACUCCAGCAAAGGACCUGAGACCCUGUAUGCCGGGCAGAAGCUCAACGACAAUGAGUGGCACACCGUUCGGGUAGUGCGGAGAGGAAAGAGCCUUAAGUUAACUGUCGACGACGAUGUGGCUGAGGGUACAAUGCUGGGAGAUCACACCCGCUUGGAAUUCCACAAUAUUGAAACUGGUAUCAUGACCGAGAAACGUUACAUCUCCGUUGUCCCCUCCAGUUUCAUUGGCCACUUGCAGAGCCUCAUGUUUAAUGGCCUGCUCUACAUUGAUUUGUGCAAAAAUGGCGACAUUGACUACUGUGAACUGAAGGCUCGUUUUGGACUGAGGAACAUUAUCGCUGACCCUGUCACCUUCAAGACCAAGAGCAGCUACCUGAGCCUGGCCACCCUGCAGGCCUACACUUCCAUGCACCUCUUCUUCCAGUUCAAGACCACCUCAGCCGAUGGCUUCAUUCUCUUCAAUAGUGGGGAUGGCAAUGACUUCAUUGCUGUUGAGCUAGUCAAGGGGUACAUCCACUACGUGUUUGACCUGGGGAAUGGCCCCAAUGUGAUCAAGGGCAACAGUGACCGCCCCCUGAAUGACAACCAGUGGCACAACGUCGUCAUCACCCGGGACAACAGUAACACUCACAGCCUGAAAGUGGACACGAAAGUGGUCACUCAGGUUAUCAAUGGUGCCAAAAAUCUGGAUUUGAAAGGUGACCUGUACAUGGCGGGUCUGGCCCAAGGCAUGUAUAGCAACCUUCCAAAGCUUGUGGCCUCCCGGGAUGGCUUUCAGGGCUGUCUGGCAUCAGUGGACCUGAAUGGGCGUCUGCCAGACCUCAUCAAUGAUGCCCUCCAUCGCAGCGGACAGAUCGAGCGUGGCUGUGAAGGACCAAGUACAACCUGCCAGGAAGAUUCAUGUGCCAACCAGGGAGUCUGCAUGCAGCAAUGGGAAGGCUUCACCUGUGACUGUUCCAUGACCUCAUAUUCUGGAAACCAGUGCAAUGAUCCUGGCGCAACCUACAUCUUUGGGAAGAGUGGAGGCCUCAUCCUCUACACCUGGCCAUCCAACGACAGGCCCAGCACGCGCUCGGACCGCCUGGCCGUGGGCUUCAGCACCACUGUGAAGGAUGGCAUCCUGGUUCGCAUUGACAGCGCUCCUGGCCUAGGAGACUUCCUCCAGCUUCAUAUAGAACAGGGGAAAAUUGGGGUUGUUUUCAAUAUUGGCACAGUUGACAUCUCCAUCAAAGAAGAGAGAACCCCAGUAAACGAUGGUAAAUACCACGUGGUGCGCUUCACCAGGAAUGGAGGCAAUGCCACACUUCAGGUGGACAACUGGCCAAUGAAUGAGCAUUACCCCACAGGCAACACUGAUAAUGAACGCUUCCAAAUGGUAAAACCGAAAAUCCCCUUCAAAUAUAACCGGCCCGUAGAGGAGUGGCUGCAGGAAAAAGGCCGGCAGUUAACCAUCUUCAACACCCAGGCGCAAAUAGCCAUUGGUGGAAAGGACAAAGGACGCCUCUUCCAAGGCCAGCUCUCUGGGCUCUAUUAUGAUGGUUUGAAAGUACUGAACAUGGCAGCUGAGAACAACCCAAAUAUUAAAAUCAAUGGAAGUGUCCGGCUGGUGGGAGAAGUCCCAUCAAUCUUAGGAACACAGACGACUGCCAUGCCACCAGAAAUGUCUACCACUGUCAUGGAAACCACCACCACAAUGGCUACUACCACAACCCGCAAGAAUCGCUCAACGGCCAGCAUUCAGCCAACAUCUGAUGACCUUGUAUCAUCUGCUGAAUGUUCAAGCGAUGAUGAAGACUUUGUUGAAUGUGAACCGAGUACAGAUAAGAGUCUUUCCACUUCAAUCUUCGAAGGUGGCUACAAAGCACAUGCGCCCAAGUGGGAAUCCAAGGACUUUAAACCUAACAAAGCCUCCGAAACUAGUAGGACUACUACCACAUCAUUGUCCCCUGAGCUGAUCCGCUUCACCGCUUCCUCCUCCUCCUCGUCUGGGAUGGUGCCCAAAUUGCCAGCUGGCAAAAUGAAUAACCGUGAUCUCAAACCCCAGCCUGACCUAGUCUUGCUUCCGUUGCCCACUGCCUAUGAGCUAGACAGCACCAAACUGAAGAGCCCACUAAUUACUUCCCCCAUGUUCCGUAAUGUGCCCACAGCAAACCCCACGGAGCCGGGAGUCAGACGGGUUCCGGGGGCCUCAGAGGUGAUCCGGGAGUCGAGCAGUACAACAGGGAUGGUCGUCGGCAUUGUGGCUGCUGCCGCCCUCUGCAUCUUGAUCCUCCUGUACGCCAUGUACAAGUACAGGAACAGGGACGAGGGGUCCUACCAAGUGGACGAGACUCGGAACUACAUCAGCAACUCGGCCCAGAGCAACGGCACGCUGCUCAAGGACAAGCAGCCGAGCUCCAAGAGCGGCCACAAGAAACAGAAAAACAAGGAUAAGGAGUACUACGUGUAA